GUCACCCGAUCCGAGCGCUUCCUCCGAGAGCGCACCGGGGGACCCUUUCUUUCCAAAAGGAACGGCGCGUUUCUUUCCUUCUCUUCUAGGAGCUGUUUUUUGGGGCCGGCCAUGUCUUCGGAAGCCUCUUCCGCUCCCGAGCGGUCCCCUUCUCCGGGCGCUCUCCGGCUCCCGGAAGGCCGCCGGCCGCGGGAACGUUCGCCGUCCCCGAUCCGAGGCUAUCUCAUCCCCAGCCCGCUUCCCACGCGGAGGACGCGCACCUACUCAGCGACGGCCAGAGCCUCUGAAGGACCCACCCACAGGGGGGUCUGUAAGUUCUUCUGCCGCUCCAAGGGCCACGGAUUCAUCACCCCGAUGGACGGCGGUCCGGACAUCUUUGUGCACAUUUCGGACAUUGAAGGUGAAUACGUCCCGGUGGCUGGCGAUGAGGUGACUUACAAAGUGUGCACCAUUCCGCCGAAGAAUGAGAAGCUGCAAGCCGUGGAGGUGGUGAUCACCCACCUGGCUCCAGGGACGAAGCACGAGACGUGGUCGGGACAUGUGAUCAGCUCCUAGGGGGAUUCGUUCUCGCUGCUGCCUGAACCCGAGGAGGUCUCGUCCAACCGCAGAGAUGGACUUUGAAGUCCGGAUGGAAUUUUCUGCCUUGUUGAGUGAGGUGAAACGACGUUGUAACAGGAGGGUCCGAAAGUGGCCAGGUUUAACUCCCCCCCCCUUUUUAAAUGAAAAUUAAAAGAAUUGAAAACACAAUGCCUUAAAGAUGGGCAGAUAAGACAGUUAGUUACCUCUGGCUUUAGACCCUUCGGCUUUUCCACUAGCGUUGAUUUCCUCCGUGGCCUUAGAAAGACCAAAAAAACACACCUUAAAGCGACACAUUUCCUUCUAAGGUGGAAGAGAGGCUUUGAUACCUAAAGAAUUAUUUUUUUUCCCUUUAAGGGUGUCGCAAAAUAACAGUUCGUGCAAUUCGCAAUUGGAUGCAAGGAAUUGGGUCCUUUCACACCAGAAAUUUGUGGGUGUCGGAACAAGCGACACAGGUUUUCUAGUUGGUUGUGCGCAUCCAAAGCAGGAAUUCAAGACCGGAUUUUUAUCCAAAAGCUGAUGGGCCUCCUCUUUGGGCUUUCUUUGACUCUCAGACAUAUAUAUAUAUUUUUCUGAGUGUCUUCUAAGGUUCUAGCCACAAGGGCCACGCAGCAGAGAGAAUUCCCAGCAAGAGGGAUGUUUUAUUUGUGUUUGAUGUUUUUAUUUCCACCAGAUUGUAAAAAAAGAAAAGGAAGUGAGGGGGAAGAGAAUGGGGUUUUCUCCAACUUUGCAGCCUGAGUUUAGUGCUUUGCCAAGAUUUGGGCUGAAGGAGACAAGCCCGAUGUUGACUUAAAAUAAAAAUAAAAUACAAAAUCA